AAAACUCAAACGUCAGUCAACCCUUCACAGAGCCACCAUUUAACGUCCAAUCCCAAUAAAUUAUCGACCAAAUUCAAGUAAAAUGGACUGACACAGAGAUUUCUAAAUUCGGGAACCCCAAAUCCACUCAUGUUCGCUAUUUUCGAAACAAUUUAUACUAUUAAAGUGUUAAGGGGGUUCCCGACACACCUAAAAAAUAGUUGCAAUUUUAUUGUCGACAGGAUACCUGUAUUAUGCCUUAGGAAUUAUUCAGAUACGCCGAAGAGUGACAGUAAAAAAGCUGGCGUCAAAGUACAAGGAACAGACACCGAGCAUCGCCUGCGCGUGCGCCUGGCCCGCCCGUCGGAUGUGCCGCGAGUGAUCAAAUUCGUUCGCGAGCAUGUUCGCGUUUGGCCUGGUCCGCUUGCGCCUAAUAAUCUAGUACUAGACGAUUAUGUGGCUAGGACUUUAGCUCAAGGUCACUCUAUGCUAGCAGAACAAACUCCCAAAGCGACCCGCUCCGAAAUUCUUGGCCUAGCACUCGUCGCAGCCAUAUGUUCCUGGGACGCCGAUAUACUAGAGCGUUGGGCGAGCUGUAUACGCUGUACGCGUUCGAAACGUCUAGUCGACUUCACCGCGCACUGUCUGAGGGCGCCGAACUUACAUGAGAAUUAUGGUGUGGAGAGAAUAUUGCAGGUGACCUUAAUAGUGCCGCCAGACAAGCCGAAGAGCGCAGAAAUAGCCCAGGCUUUAGCCAAGAACGCCAUCAAGCGUGGGAAGGAAGCCGGGUUUCCGCUGGUACGGUUUGACAUCACUAAAGAUUCUGAUGCAAAAUCUUUGGAAGAACUUAACCUGAAGAAGGAGUGGUUCGUGUCAUACAAGAUCAUAGAUGUCGCUCUAAAGGACAACUCCCAAGGGCCCCAAGAAUGCAAAAAGGACAGCAAGAAAGCUCUAAAGGAGGACAAAGACUGCAAAGAAGAUACCAAGAAGUGA